UGAUUUUUCCAGUGUAUUCCAUUUUGCAAGUUGCAAUUUGCUAAUUGCUUAUUAAUAAUAAAUAAAUUUGUUAUUAACUUAUUUAUUCAAAGUAUUGCUCUCAAGUGUAUUUAUUAUAUUUUAACAUGUCGUCGGAUCCUUUAUUUGGAUGGGAUCUAACAUUUAAAACCAUCGAAAGAGAUGUAAAACAAAAAUCGGAUAUUGUUAUUGCCUUUAUCCACUGGAAUUUAACAAAACGAGGCUUUCGAAAUAUCGGGAUCGGUGAUGAACAUACACUUACAGGAAAUGAGGUCAAAAGUGAGCUACUGCCUACAGGAUGGAAUGAAAGCGAUAAAUAUACUCUUCGCUAUGUGUUUGAAGAGAAGCUGUAUAUAGUGCAUGGUCUGAAAAGUGAUGGAAACCUUAUUGUAAACUUAAUGAGAUCAGAAGACUUGGCAGUUUCAAACUUAGCAAUCAAAAUAGAAGAGACAGUGCAAGAAACAAUGGGAUCUAUUGACAAACUGCUGCCUGGAUACAAAGAGUUGAUGCACAACAUCAAGAGAGAUCUCAUUGACACCAUUAUAGACCGACCAACUACUACAGCACAGACACAAACUGCUCAAACAAUUCCAGGUACACCAAAUAUCAGAAAUCCAAGUAAUAAUGAGCCACCAAGAUUUUAUUCUGGAGUUCCUCCAGGGAAUUUAUGGGAUUUGCCACCUAACGAUGUGCGAAAUGUUGGCCGAUCGGAUCUCGACCCGUUUGCGGCGCCCGGUGCGGGCGGUGGAAUGAUCUUCAACCCUUUCAGCCCUGGCAGGGAUAUCGAGAACCCGGGAUUAGGCAUUCCUGGUGGACUCCCUAGAGGUGCAGUACCACCCGGAGCUCGGUUCGACCCGUUCGGCCCGCCCGGCGUCGGCGUGCCUCCCGGCAGACGACCCCCGCCACCAGACUCCGACCAUUUCCCACCCCCUGGCUUCAAUGAUCACAUGUUUAUGUAAUAAUAAUAAUAAGCAUCGAUAUAAUAUUAAACCUACAUUAUAAUCUGUAUCUAACAAUAAAUUUAUAUUGUUCCAAGUUUCAA